AUGUCAUCGCACCGAAGAGGACCAUGGUCUCAAGCAGAGGACAACUACCUCGUACAGCUAGUUCACACACAGGGAGCACUGAACUGGGUCCGAAUUGCCCAACUCAUCGGAUCAAGAUCACCAAAGCAGUGUCGAGAACGGUAUCAUCAAAAUUUAAAACCAUCCCUCAAUCACGACCCAAUUAGUCCAGAGGAAGGACUUCAGAUUGAACGACUGGUAGGCGAGAUGGGCAAGCGAUGGGCAGAGAUUGCUCGACGACUUCAUGGCCGUAGCGACAACGCUGUGAAGAACUGGUGGAAUGGAAGCAUGAAUCGAAGAAGGCGACUCGUCCUUCGUCGCAGACCAUCUGGUCCAUGCACCAGUUCUUUUGACGAACAAGGACAACCUCUUUCUUUUGCCAGACCAGUCGCCAAUCGCGCACUUACUAUCACGUCUUCGGCUUAUUCUCCUCGACGAGGUGACAGAGCAUUACCGUCUCCAGCGGAGUCUGAGGCAUCUGGAACUGAGUCCAUGGAUGAUCCACCAUCUCUAGUAUCGGACUGUGGUUCAACCUUCUCAGUUUCGCCUCGCCUCGCUACAUCACCCAGACUUGAGCUUCCUCCACUGCAAUCUUACACAGCUAGAUUUGACAGCAGGAGACCAAGUCUUCCUAUGCUUCACUUUCCCGCAAACGCAUUUCGAAGUGACUCUGAUCAUCAGCAAACACCAUACACCCCUCGAUUUUAUGGAGAGUCAAAACUUUAUUCGCCCAACUAUUCUCCAUCUGCCUAUCGGCAGUCCAGUGUGUCGAAUAACUUUCCACCAAGAGAGUUUCAACACGACUACCAGCAACAUUCCAUGACUGCUCCAUCAACUCCGCUUCAACUCCCACCUCUACAAAUGGGUUCAAAGCCUCACCCAAAACCGGAAGCGGGGCGCGAUUCAAGGAUGCAUCUCUCGUCACUACUGAGUGAAGAGUGA